UCACUUGUUCGGAGAGGAUUAUUUUCCCACUUCUUUAAAUACACGAUGAAUUUCGUUUUGGUGCUCUUGACGUGCCUGAUGGCCGCCGUGACCGCCGCCCCUCAGUUCAUUCGACCCAACUUUCCGGAUCGACCUUUCGUCGCCAUCCUGAGGGACGAGCGACAGGAUCUGGGCGACGGAGCCUUCAGCUACGUCUUCGAAGCCGCCAACGGAAUCCGUGAGUCCCGCGUGGGCUACCCCGGAUCCAAGGGCCAGACCAACAUGCAGGGAUCCUACAGCUUCCCCCUCGACGACGGCACCUUCGCCGAGGUUCGCUUCGUCGCCGACGAGUCCGGAUUCCGUGCCGAACUGCAGUACAUCCCCAUUAUUCUUCACAAUCUUGGUAUGAAAUUCUUGCUAGGAAUUUAUUUACCAACUCUUGAUCUUCAGAUUACGCUUGUCAUUCAUUCCAGCUUUGUUAGGGAACGUGCAAAAUCCUCCGUCAUAAUUUUUAAAAAUUAUCCCCAGUUGAUUAUAAUUAUGAUCUUCAUCAAGACUACUCUGACUAUUCUCUUUCUAAUUUUCCGUCGUUCUCUAACAACUCUUCUCGAGGUGACUUAG